UUUAAAAGCGCACGACAGCGCUCCAUGUACGUGUCAAAUCCUUAUGUCGGUACAGUCGUAAACAACAAUCCUUUGCAACAGGCCUUGGUGCAGUUUCGCUGUUGUGGAGAUCUAGUGGCAAAAAAGUCAAAACUCCAGUUGAAGCACAAUUACAGCUGCCUUCAGGAACAGGUGGGACUUUGAAAUGUCAUUUUCCCUGAAUUAAAUUAAUUGGCAAUUUAAAGUUUUGAAACUGUCGGAACAAUAGAGAAAGUGAAGCACAGUUUUGUGGAAGACAAAAGUCUGCUCGUGGGGGUAAAAGUAUUGACAAUUCCAAUGGUCCAUGAAGGCAGCGUUAGACCUCAGGUUGUCGUCGUCACUGAGGUUGAUACAAGUGGCGGCCAGCUGGUUUGUCUGACAUUUUCAACAACUCGCCGAGAAAACGUCUUCCGUGUCCCGUACUUUAACUGGACAAAGAAGAAGAAGCAUUUUAAAAAUUACACCGUUCUUCAGGAGAAAAUAAUGAAGAGGCAUGUUGUUACGGGAUUGCUGGUUUUCCAGCUUCAAGUCAGCUACGUGACGGCAAUAUCUGCUUUUGGUUUGAGCCAGACACUGUCUACUAUCGCGGAAAGCCCACCCGGGAAGCCCCGAGAGAGACAACAGGGGGCGGAGCUGGCCGUCCAGGCCCACGUCCGAAGCCCCCGGCUGGGCCGCGGACCCCGGGGGCCUCUACGGGGCCCGGCACCUGCCGGAAGACCCCGAUACCGACCUGCUGUCGGAGGAGGGCCACGGCAACUCCACGCGGAUUGUAGUGAGACCCCACACUACUUCAGCUAGUGCAAUGAUAACCACACAAACAGGAAGUGGAGCGUCCGCUUGCUCAGUACAACGUUCGUUUCAUAUGAAUUCCACUCACAGAUGAAUUGGAGCAAGCGGACAGAAGAGUGAGGAGGAGCGGAUGGAUUAUUCUUAUUUUCUGUUAGCGAUAGUAUUGACCAGCUUUUUUGUCCAUAUAAAGAAAUAGCCAAGAAUGAUGAAUGACUUUUUAAUAAUGCUCCAUUGAAUAUAUUUGGGCCAGAACAUGGAUCACGUCUACUACACGUCUAAAAUCGUCGGUCCGGGAGACGCGUGGGUCAACACGGAGCGGGCCGACAAGAACGAGUGGAAGACCAGCGGCUUCCUGUCCAACGCGCAGCGCCAAGCCGCGCUAUCUCUUCUUUUGUCCCUUCCAGAGAGUCAAUCUCAAGUCACCGUGGCAACCGGAGGCUUUCUUUAUACGGGAGAGAUCAUCCACCGCUUGCUCGCCGCCACCAACUUUGACCCCGGCCUCUCCAGCAACUCCUCUGUCUUUUACUUUGAUGACGGCUCUUCCCUGGUGGUGCAGUGGACCCGCCUCCACCUGCAGGACGACGUCCACUCGGGCGCGUUCACCUUCCAAGCGUCUCUGCACAGCGACGGACGCAUCGUCUUCGCCUACGAAGAGAUUCCCGUUGACAUCGGCGACGUCAGCAGCGAGAAUCAUCCGGUCAGAGUCGGCCUGUCGGACGCUUUCGUGGUGCUCCACAAGAUUGAGCAGAUCCCCAAUGUGCGGCGGAGAACCAUCUUUGAGUACCACAAGGUGGACAUUCUCAAGUCCAAAAUCUCCAAUGCGACCACUAUAGAGAUGUUACCGCUUCCAACGUGCUUGCAGUUUUCCAGCUGUGCCCCGUGUGUCACUUCUCAGAUUGGCUUCAACUGCAGCUGGUGCUCUCGCCUGCAGAGAUGCUCCGGCGGCUUCGACCGGAACCGCCAGGACUGGGUGGACCGCGGCUGCCAGGAGGAGAGACGAGAUCCCCGUUGUCAGCGAGUGCCCGACGUCACGGACGCGUCGUCCCGCCACCGCACGGCGGCGCCCGCUCCGGCGGCGGCGUCGACGGCGACGUCUGGGCAGCAGAAGAACUCCAGUCCGACGGUCGCCCCUCAAAUCGGGUCAUCCAUCGCCGAGAACUCGCCGACACGGAGCGGGGGGAAGGCGACGUCCGCUCCCGGUUCCUCCACCAGCCAACCUGCGGCGGGCGGCGAGGACGACGACACGGGCCAACGGGAGCAGGCGGGUCUGCUGGCGGGCGUGGUCAUGGUGAUGGUCGUCAUGGCGACGGGCGUCCUGGUAUUCGUCUACGUGUACAAUCGCCCCACGUCCGGCGCCAGCCUCUUCUUCAUGGAGCGGCGUCCGGCCCGUUGGCCCACCAUGAAGUUCCGGCGCGGCUCGGGCCACCCUUCCUAUGCCGAAGUGGAGCCCCCCGGCGCGGAGAGAGACGGCGAGGCGGUCCUCGACCCCAAGCGGUCGUUCGUCACGGCCCUCAGACGAGAGAGCGAGCAGAAGGAAGGCUUCGGCGUCCCCGACCCGAGGGAGCGCUUCUUCUGCUCGGAGAGCUCCUGACCCGGACUACGACUCCCAGAAUGCUUUGGGAUGCAGCUCUUGCUUACAUUACUACCUCUAUGAGGAAACAAAAGUAUUUUUAUGGAGGCUUUGCGUU